AUGGAGGAGGAAGCUGAGGAGGAACUGACCGUACCCAGAGACUUCCAUUUUUAUCACAUGGAUCUGUAUGACUCUGAAGAAAGGCUGCAGAUCUUCCCAGGAGAAGACACCAGAACUAGGAGAGAAGUAGUCCAGGCCGACAUGAGCAACAAGCCAGGAAGGGUCGGGGAAGACAGGGCUCAAAGACACCUCCAGGAGGAAGUGGAUGAACUUGUCCAUUUAUACGGACUUGAAGAUGACCAUGAGUUAGGAGACGAGUUUGACGAUGAACACAGAAUGGGGGCGUUAGGGUACCCUCCUUAUGGGAUGACGAGGCAAGACCCUGCCAGGGAGCAGAGAGACUGGCGGCUUGGUAGCGAGGCAGCGGAGGCUGAGGACCUGGCCUAUGGGGGGCAAGGCCUGGCUGGCCAGUGCCAGGACUUGCGGGAAGCCUAUAGGUACACACAUGGUCGUGCCAGUGAGGAGUACGAAUGUUACGUCAUCCCGGAGGAGGAGGACGAGGAAGAACCUGCUGACAACUUCUGUGUCACUUGCAAAACUCCAAUAAGAGCUGUGGAGAAGGACAGUGACAAACACAGGGGGCACGAAGUGACCGCGCUCAGUAAGGCGCUGGAGAGUGCCAAGGAUGAAAUUCACAAAAACAUGUUCAAAUUGGAACAGCAGAUUAUCGAGAUGGAAAAUUUUGCUAGUCACCUGGAAGAGGUGUUCAUCACUGUGGAGGAGAAUUUUGGAAGGCAAGAGCAAAACUUCGAGUCACAUUACAAUGAGAUCUUAGAAAUGCUUGCUCAAAAGUAUGAAGAAAAAAUUCAAGCUUUAGGCAAGAAAAAGAAAGAAAAGCUGGAAGCCUUAUAUGGACAACUGGUCAGCUGCGGAGAGAACCUUGACACCUGUAAGGAACUGAUGGAAACCAUAGAGGAGAUGUGUCAUGAGGAGAAGGUUGAUUUCUUAAAGGAUGCAGUGGCAAUGGCUGACAGACUCGGGAAAUUCUUGAAAACGAAAACAGACGUGGAACUCUCCACACAGCCUGAGUUUGAAGACCAGACCUUGGACUUCUCUGAUGUGGAGCAGCUGAUGGACUCCAUCAACACUGUUCCAGCUCCCUGUGCUCCAGUGAUAAACCCCCAGGCCCCUAACUCAGCCACAGGCUCCUCUGUUCGGGUGUGCUGGAGCUUGUAUUCCGAUGACACUGUGGAGAGCUAUCUGCUGUCUUACAGGCCAGUGCAGGACGGCCCUGCUGGGAAGGACCGAGCAGAAUUUACCAUGACCGUCAAAGAAACCUAUUGCUCAGUGAGAAACCUUGAGCCAAAUACCCAGUAUGAAUUUUGGGUCAUAGCUCAGAACAGAACUGGCCCCAGCCCCUCCAGUGAGCAUGCAGUGUACAUGACAGCCCCUUCGCCCCCCAUUAUAAAAAGAAAAGCAAUAAGGAGCUGUGAAGAUGCUGCGCUCAUCUGCUGGGAGUCCGGGAACCUGAAUCCUGUGGACUCCUACACGGUGGAGCUGACCCAGGCAGAAACGCCCGAGGCCUCAGGGGUAACUGAAUCUGUGGUGGGCAUCCCGACCUGCGAGUCCCUGAUACAGCUGCAGCCCAGGCACAGUUACACCAUCUACGUGCGAGCCCUCAACAUGGGAGGCCCCAGUGCCAGGAGUGAGCCCGCCACCGUCCACACCACAGGAAGCUACUUUCACCUGAACAAGGACACCUGCCACCCAUGGCUGACCAUUUCUGAAGAUGGGUUGACAGUCAUUCGAAACAAAAGGAAAAUCUUCCAAAGAGAGCCACCACCCAACAAGACCCAGUUUACCAGAUGUGUUGCUGUCAUGGGAAAUCUAAUUCCGGUCCGAGGGCGCCAUUACUGGGAGGUGGAGGUGGAGGAGCAGCUGGACUACACUGUUGGUGUGGCCUUUGAAGAUGUCCCUAAGCAGGAAGACCUGGGAGCCAACUGCCUGUCCUGGUGUAUGAGGCACACCUAUGCCUCAGCAAGGCAUCAGUAUGAAUUUCUGCACAACAGGACAACUCCAGAUAUUAGAAUAACAGUUCCACCCAAGAAGAUUGGCAUACUGUUAGACUAUGAAAAUUCCAAAUUGUCAUUUUUCAACGUGGGUAUUUCUCAGCAUCUAUACACAUUCAGUUGUCAGUUCCACCAAUUUGUACAUCCCUGUUUUUCUUUGGAAAAGCCUGGGUGUCUGAAGAUAUACAAUGGUAUUUCAAUGCCAAAGCAUGUCACUUUCUUUUAG